AUGAGUAUACCUGCUCUAGGUCACUCGCUGGCCCCCGGGCGGUCCAGUUUUAGCGAUGAUACGAUGAAGAUCGAGUUGAGCGGACCGUCGAGACAGCAUCUGAGUGUCGUCGAUGUUCCUGGACUUUUCAGAACACCGACUCAAGGGGUAUUGACGAAGGAAGACAUGAUCCUUGUGCGACAUAGAGUCAAAUCAUAUAUCAAGGGUUCUUGGACCAUUACUUUAGCGGUAAUCCCAGCUCCGGUGGACAUCGCAACGCAAGAGAUUCUUAGCCUGGCCGAAGAAGCUGAUCCGCUGGGUCAGAGGACUCUGGGCGUCCUUACAAAGCCAGAUCUUUUGGACAAAGGUGGCGAAGAGCUUGUGAUGGAUCUGGUACGUGGGACCAAAAAUAAGCUCAAUUUGGGCUAUUGCAUGGUCCGUUAUCGAGGUCAGCAAGACAAGGCUCCCUCCAGCACCGAUCGUCACCAGACCUUCAAAGUAUGGUGGAGAUGA